CGAUCAAUGCGUUUGAUUGUACUCACCGCGUGCACCUCUUUUAACCAGCCAUACCAUCUGAACGGCAUUCGUGUUCCAGGCACCCCAAGGUGGACAAAACAAGCGCUUCCACGGACAGCAGCUGCUAAAUCGAGAACGCUAACGUAGGGGAGAAAAAAACCCAAUUUCAUUUAUUUACACAUCCGCCGCUGUUCUGUUAUUUUUUUAUGUUUUUAGGAAUAUAACAUACAAGGCUGGUGUGUGCAGCUAAUUUAAAAGUGUAAAGCGGUGUCAUACUUUCAUCUUUACUAGGGACGCCUGGGUAUAAACAGCAGAUUCGCUUUGCCCACACAACUGAUGGCGUGUGCCAAUAAGAGACCAUCCUUACAGGGACCGGUGCCUCCUCCUCGCAAGAAGACAGCACUCAAAGCUGAGCUGACUGAGGAGCAGAAACAGGAGAUCAAAGAGGCCUUUGAGCUCUUUGACACAGAUGGAUCUGGAUACAUUGACGUUAAAGAACUCAAGGUUUCGAUGAGAGCUCUGGGCUUUGAACCCAAAAAAGAGGAGAUUAAGAAGAUGAUCGGUGAAGUGGAUAAGGAUGGCACGGGAAAGAUCUCCUCUGGAGACUUCCUCAGCGUCAUGACACAAAAGAUGGCUGAAAAGGAUUCCAAAGAGGAAAUACUAAAAGCCUUCCGCCUAUUUGACGACGACGAAACCGGCAGGAUCUCCUUCAAGAACCUGAAAAGAGUCGCCAAGGAUCUGGGAGAGACCCUCACAGAUGACGAGCUGCAGGAAAUGAUUGACGAGGCGGACCGAGAUGGAGAUGGAGAAGUAAACCAACAGGAGUUCCUGCGGAUUAUGAAGAAAACGUCCCUGUAUUGAUGGAAGUCUAUAUUCCUGACAAAACGGUUUGACACGGAAAGCUGCUUUUAGAUUUCAUUCUCUCGCAAUUGUCCAUUUUACUUUUAUCAUUACAAUUGUUGCGACGUGUCAGAAAUGGAAAUUAACUUUAAACAUAUAUUUAAAGGCCUACUGAAAUGAUUUUUUUUUUAUUUAAACGGGGAUAGCAGAUCCAUUCUAUGUGUCAUACUUGAUCAUUUCGCGAUAUUGCUAUAUUUUUGCCGAAAGGAUUUAGUAGAGAACAACGACGAUAAAGUUCGCAACUUUUGUUCACUAAUUAAAAAAAAGCCUUGCCCGUACCGGAAGUAGCGUGACGUCGCAGGCUGGAGGGCUGCUCACAUUUCCCCAUUGUUUACAAUGCAGCGAGAGAUUCGGACCGAGAAAGCGACGAUUACCCCAUUAAUUUGAGCGAGGAGGAAAGAUUUGUGGAUGAGGAUCGUGAGAGUGAAGGACUAGAAUGCAGUGCAGGACGUAUCUUUUUUCGCUCUGACCGUAACUUAGGUACAAGGGUUCAUUGGAUUCCACACUUUCUCCUUUUUCUGUUGUGGAUCACGGAUUUGUAUUUUAAACCACCUCGGAUACUAUAUCCUCUUGAAAAUGAGACUCGAGAACGCGAAAUGGACAUUCAGUGACUUUUAUUCCCACGACAAUACAUCGGUGAAGCUCUUAAGCUACUGAGCUAACGUGAUAGCAUCGGGCUCAAAUGCAGAUAGAAACAAAAUAAAUAAACCACUGACUGGAAGGAUAGACAGAAGAUCAACACUACUAUUAAACUGUGGACAUGUAAAUACACGGUUAAUAAUUUCCAGCUUGGCGAAGCUUAAAAAUGCUGUUGCUAACGACACCAUUGAAGCUAACUUAGCAACGGGACCUCACAGACCUAUGAUAAAAACAUUAGCGCUCCACCUACGCCAGCCCUCAUCUGCUCAUCAACACCCGUGCUCACCUGCGUUCCAGCGAUCGACAGAAGGACGAAGGACUUCACCCGAUCUUCCGUGCGGUCGGCGGCUAGCGCGUCUGCUAUCCAAGUCAAAAUCCUCCUGGUUGUGUUGCUGCAGCCAGCCGCUAAUACACCUACAACUUUCUUCUUUGCAGUCUUCAUUGUUCAUUAAACAAAUUGCAAAAGAUUCACCAACACAGAUGUCCAGAAUACUGUGGAAUUUUGAGAUGAAAACAGAGCUUUUUUGUAUUGGAUUCAAUGGUGUACCAAUACUUCCGUUUAGCUAGUGACGUCACGCGCAUACGUCAUCAUACAUAGACGUUUUUCAACCGGAAGUUUAGCGGGAAAUUUAAAAUUGCACUUUAUAAGUUAACCCGGCCGUAUUGGCAUGUGUUGCAAUGUUAAGAUUUCAUCAUUGAUAUAUAAACUAUCAGACUGCGUGGUUGGUAGUAGUGACUUUCAGUAGGCCUUUAAAAUCCUAUCUAGGUCGUUGUACAAUCACAACAUUGCUGUCAAGUUAACAGACUCUCUGGUUCGAUACCGCAUACUGUUGUGAAGAUUACUGUAAUUUGUCAAAUACUCUCAGUGCCUGCAUUACAAUCGUACAACAUUCUUAAAAUAAUACCGGCAUAUUUAGUUUGUACAUUAACUAGUAUGAACUAGGCAUGCUGUCAAGACAAAGUCAGUGAUAGAGCAUAAUACAUCUUUACACAUCAUAAGGAAGCUUUGCCAUGAUGCGCACAAAAUGAAAAUAGCAACACCUUCACAGAAUAUAGAAAAUUACAUGCCAAUUGUCUCUUUCCAAUAUGUUACAGUAUGAACAUGGCUAAUCUUUUGAAUAAUACAUAGUGUUUUGUCUGUAUUUUUGAAUGUUUUGUAUGUUGUACAGUGCAUAAAAAAAUAUACAAAUAA